GAGUGAAAGAGAGAGAUAAAGAGAAAUGAUAACGUCAAAUUAAAGAGACAAUGAGAUGAUGUAGAAUUAGAUGUGUGUGACAGAAAAAUUGUGAAACUGUCUAUACUGAAGGGAAGAGACAGUGAGGGAAGAGAGAGAAGGGAAAAAGAGGACAGAAGAACAGAGCGAACCUUCCACCUUUUAUCUUGUCAGCAUCAAGGAUGAAGACUUGGAGCAGCUGGUCCAUGUUAGCCCUCAGAGACCCUCCCAAAAUCAUCAAGAGAACAUAUGGCUCUACAAUCAGCUCCAAGGCACAAAGUAAGAUGUGAUGGGGCGCCUGAAGAACAUUCAUAGUACAGACUUCACUUUGGAGUCGAGCACGGACAAUUUGUUUCUCCCUUCGUUUGCUCUGUUUCUGUGCCCUGAGAAGGGCAAAGUUUGCCUUCCUUGGGCAUGUCUUGUCAGCUCCAAGCAGCUGCAGGGGCUUAGGUGUUCAGCUUAACAUUCUUCAGGAACACAAUCAGAUUGUGAGGCUCUCUGCCUGCCUCCCAAUGGCGCUCUUCACUAGAGUCAACAGCUAUUUCAACACUACUAGCUCUGUCACACAUGGGCAAGAGAACUCAACAGAGCCCGGCCUGCCACACUCCCAUGCCUACUACGCCCUCGGCUACAGCACCUUGAUUUUGGCCAUUGUCUUUGGGAACGUGCUGGUCUGCCUAGCAGUGCUAAGAGAACGCACCUUGCAAACCACAACGAAUUACCUGGUGGUGAGCCUGGCCGUGGCAGACUUGCUGGUGGCCACACUGGUGAUGCCAUGGGUGGUAUACCUGGAGGUGACUGGAGGAGUCUGGAAUUUCAGCCGUGUCUGCUGCGACAUCUUUGUCACUAUGGACGUGAUGAUGUGCACAGCCAGCAUUUUAAACCUCUGUGCUAUCAGUAUUGACAGGUACACGGCAGUGGUGAUGCCAGUUCAGUAUCAGUACGGCACAGGGAAGAGCUCCUGCAGGAGGGUUUCCAUUAUGAUCGUGAUGGUCUGGAUGUUGGCAUUUGCUGUGUCCUGCCCUCUCCUGUUUGGCUUCAAUACCACAGGGGAUCCUAGUGUCUGUUCUAUAUCGAACCCUGAUUUUGUCAUCUAUUCCUCGGUGGUAUCCUUCUACCUUCCCUUCGUGGUCACCUUGCUGCUUUAUGUCCGGAUUUAUUUCGUGCUGAGGCAGAGACAGAGGAAACGAAGCCUCUCCAGGCAGGCCAGCCAUAGCAUCAGCAUCAAAGCCUGUUACACACAGAAACUGCUGACCCCCUCUGACCUGCAGCAGUACUGCAGCUUCUGCCACCAAGCUUCCUUCCCCAGGGCCAGGACCAAUGGAAAUGAGCUAAAAGAGGAGAAGAGAAGCAGAGAACAGAGCUUGGAGGUGCAUAAACUCAGCAAUGGCAAAAUCUUGACCUCUUUGAAGCUAGUGCACCAGCAGCCCCGGACAGUACAGCUGAGAGAGAGGAAGGCCACACAGAUGCUGGCUAUCGUUCUGGGGACAUUCGUAGUCUGCUGGCUGCCAUUCUUCAUGACCCACAUCCUGAACACCCACUGCCAGGCUUGUCACAUAACCCGGGAGCUCUACAGUGCCACCACAUGGCUUGGUUAUGUAAACAGCGCUCUCAACCCCAUCAUUUACACGACCUUUAACACUGAGUUCCGCAAAGCUUUCCUCAAGAUCUUGUGCUGCUGACAGCGGGGGUGGAAGGACAAAGGCUUGAUUUAAUAGUAAACCCAGGAGGGUGUGGCAGGCAGGAGCUUACUGAGGUAGUUCCAUAGUGAGAGGCCACAUGGAUAGACGCUCUCAGCCAUCCACAGGGAGAAAACUCAGGAUCUUCUGUCCCACAAGUCCCAAACGCUU